AUGUCAGGAGCCAUCCAAAAGCUAAUUAUGCUGGAUACGUCAUAUGACAUGGUGAAACUGUGUAGAGAUGCAGAGCAAGAUAUGCCUAAUGAAAAUAUUGAAACAUCAUUUGUAGCUGGUGAUGAAGAGUUUUUGCCAGUAAAAGAAAGUUCUGUAGAUCUGGUGAUUAGUUGUUUGGGACUCCACUGGACAAAUGAUCUUCCUGGAGCCAUGAUACAGUGUAGAUUGGCAUUGAAGCCUGAUGGACUAUUUGUGGCAGCUAUUCUUGGCGGAGAAACACUAAAGGAGCUGAGAAUUGCAUGUACUGUAGCACAAAUGGAGCGUGAAGGAGGCAUCAGUCCCCGAAUAUCACCCUUGGCGCAGGUGCGGGAUGCUGGCAAUCUUUUGACCAGGGCAGGCUUCACUCUUCCGGGAGUUGAUGUUGAUGAAUACACUGUUAGAUAUAAAAGUG